UUUAUUGUUCCAAAGUCAAAUUAUAAAUUUUAUUUUGACUCUCUCUCUGGUUUCGAUAAUGGCGGCCUCCUCCUGCUGCUUCGCAAUUCCCUUAUCUUCUUCUUCUUCUCGAACGUCUCACAAUGCCAUUCCCAAAUACAAAACCCUAAUCUCUUCUUCUUCUUCUUCUUCUUCUUCUUCUUCUUCUUCUUUUUACUUAGAAUCCCUGAAACCUCAUCAGUUCCCUUCUUCCAAUUCUUUUCACCUCUCUUCUCUUUCUCGUCGUCCCUUUGUAGCCCAACAACCACUGCAACCUAAUAAGGUCUCUUCUUCAGAAUUAUCAGUUGUAGAUGAAACGAAACCAGUAGUACAAGGAGAAACUGAUGUCGUCUCCGAAGCAGCAGACGCACCAGUUAAGAAACCGAGACCUUGCGAGCUAUACGUGUGUAAUAUCCCAAAAAGCUAUGACAUUGCUCAGCUUCUUGAGAUGUUUCAGCCUUUUGGAACUGUUAUCUCCGUAGAGGUAUCGCGAAAUCCUCAGACGGGAGAGAGCCGCGGAAGUGGAUACGUUACAAUGGGUUCUAUAAACUCUGCCAAAAUCGCCGUUGCUUCUCUUGAUUCAAAAGAAGUAGGCGGUAGGGAAAUGCGGGUUAGGUAUUCUGUUGACAUGAAUCCAGGAGCCAAAAGAAACCCUCAAGUCUUGAAUUCAACCCCAAAGAAGAUUCUCACUUACGAAAGCCAAUACAAAGUCUAUGUCGGAAAUCUCCCUUGGUUCACACAGCCUGAUGGUUUGAGACAACACUUUAGCAAGUUUGGGACAAUCGUAAGCACGAGAGUGUUACAUGACCGUAAGACUGGUAAAAACCGAGUCUUUGCCUUUCUUUCUUUCACAAACAGCGAAGAACGUGACGCGGCUCUAUCAUUGAAUGAAACAGAAUACGAAGGUCGCAGAAUCAUUGUCAGACAAGGUGUUGAAAAGAGCGAUGCGUGAACCAACUGUUCUGUUUUUGGUGUAUUGUCUUUUGAUAUCUUCAACGAGGUCUCAAGAAGUAACCUUUACAUAUUAUAUCCAUCUCGAUUUUGUUUAUCACCCAUUAUAUAUAAUAUAAUCCUCUGUAUGAUUCUCUUUACCCACUACUCUACAAAUGAAAGGUAACUGUCAAGAGUCUCUCAGAUGUAAUGCAUCGCAAGUUUAACCA